AUGACCGCAGACGAGUUGUCUCGCCGCGGAAAUUUGGAUGGAAGUCAGGCAAUCGGGACAGAGUUGGCGUCAGCAGAAGUGAGUUCGGGUUUCGCGACCUCCAAUGUGCGGGUUCGACCCCCGACAGAUCACCUCUGGUUUAACGACGAUGUUGAAAGUCGCCAGCUCCGUCGUGAGGCGCCACUGGUGCGCUUAGAGGAUGAGGGCGAGGCAGCCGACUUAACUUAG